CUACUGCAUAUAAAUCAGGUUCCUGGUCAGGCUAGAAAUUCCUUCCCCACAACACUGGGAUUACACAACACUGAUAUUGUGAAACUACACUUGAUUGCUUGUAUAAUACUUUCACUUUUCUUAAAGUUUGAACAGAUUCUUUAACUAGCUUUAAAGCCUGCAUUGAAAUAAAUGACUAAAACCUAAAAAUAAAUAAAAUGAAAGUGAGUAAUGGGAGCAGCUCUUGGAAGCUCAGCAUGUUCCUGUUAGGAGUCUCUGUUAUCACAGUGCUGAACUGUGCUGGGCUGGCGUUUCUCAUCUUGCAGCACGACACUCUGUCCGCUCAGCAGAGAGAGUUGGCGACUCGGCUGGAUGAGUUUUCUAAAAGUUCUGUGGUGGAGUUCCUCUCCCAGGUAACCCGGGAUACAGCAGAGGAACCUGAACCACUCCAGUCCUCCCGGAACAAGAGGAGCCAGGAGCUGCGCGAGACCCACAUCCGAGCGGAAAACGAGGAGAUGCUCAUGAUGAUGACCUACUCCAUGGUGCCGGUCCGAGUGAUGGUGGAUUUGUGUAAUAGCACAAAAGGAAUUUGCUUAACAGGACCUCCUGGGCUACCUGGACCACCUGGCCUUGAUGGCAUGCCUGGAUACAAUGGAUCAAUAGGACUGCCAGGGCUGCAAGGAGUCCAGGGGAAACGAGGGAAGAAAGGUCCCCCCGGUGAGACCGGACCACCAGGAGAAAAGGGAGAUUGUGAAAUAGGUUUUACAGGCGAGAGAGGGACACCAGGACCAAAGGGUGAAAAAGGGGAGUGCUUCAAUGAGACCAUAAUGAAAGGUCCUCCAGGUGAAAAAGGGGAACCAGGAGAAAAGGGAGAUACAGGUGAAAUAGGUUUUCCUGGUAUGCCUGGAUUGCCAGGUAUAAAAGGGGAACCAGGACCAAAGGGUGAAAAUGGGGAGUCCUUCAAUGAGGUCAUAAUGGAAGCACCUCAAGGUCCAGAAGGUCCGGCAGGGCCAGCAGGUCCUCCUGGCCCACCUGGGCCCCCCGGACCCCCCGGAGCCCCACGGAAAAAAGGUCACAAAGCACGGGCUCAGCAAAACACCAUUGUGACAGAUGCUGUACCAAAUGAUGAUACCUUGGCUGGAAAAGAUUUAACGAAAGUCGAGGGACACCUGUUGAAGAAAGCUGAAUGCAUCAUUAAAUCUGUAAACUGCACUUUAAAUGUAACAAAAAUGGAAACUACGUUUGGGACUUGGAUGCAGGACACAUCAAGGGAUGAUGAACAUAUUUGGGUUGCUGAGCAUUUUUCAGGCCGGACAUUAAAAGAAUAUGACAAUUUAGCGUCUUUCCAGAAUGGCAGUGUCAAAGUUAUCGACCUUAGAAGAGCUGUCUUCCAGGGUUGUGGUCACGUCAUUCACAAUGGAUCUCUAUAUUUUCAUGUUGCCGGCACGUACAAGAUUGCAAAAUACGAUUUUGAAACCGCAACAAUAAAAAAAAUUACUAUUGAGAAUGCCCUGCACCGCAAUCUCAGCUAUCUCUUCCAGAAUUCGAAGACCUAUUUUAACGUGGCAGUGGAUGAAAAUGGACUGUGGAUCAUCUAUGCUUCAAGCAUUGAUGACAAUAUUAUGGUAGCUCAACUGGAUGAAAAAACAUUUUCUGUUACCCAGCAUAUGAACACCACCUACCCCAGAUCGAAGGCCGGCAAUGCUUUCAUUGCAUGUGGAGUCCUUUAUGUUACCGAUACGAAGGACAUAAAAGUAACUUUUGCUUUUGAUUUGUUGAAAAAGAGGCCUCUGAACUCCAGUUUUGAUUUAAGAUCAUCAAAUGGUGUGUUGGCAAUGUUGUCCUAUAAUCCAAAGGACCGCCAUUUGUAUACAUGGGACAACGGCUAUAUAACCAAAUAUAGUGUACAUUUUCUCUCCGAUUGAAUAAUACACAAUUGUCUGUUUUCUGUAUUUCAAGUAGUGUUUUUGAAUAUCAAUUUUACAAUCCAGUGGACUAUUUUAUUAAAUUUUGUACAUGAACAGGUUAAUUUAAAAGUACAACAGUGGCCUUUUUUUUUUUUUUUUAAUGAUUGUCAAACAAAGUCAAUUUAUUUAAUUCUCAAAUCAAUUUAAUUUAAUUGUCCAACAUUUAUUAGUAAAGUAAUUGUUUUUACUCGUUCUAUUCAAACGAAGGACAUGGCUUGCUACAAGGACUAAACCAGUUAUCCUAUUACACAGACUGCAUGACCAGCUUUUCUAAAUUCAACAACUUUGUCAAGUGUGUUUUUUUUUUUUUUAAAUAAGCUGUACAUUAUUUAUACUAUUUUAAUGUGUAUGUUGCCACAUGCUAUACGUUUGCAUUAGAGAUGCAUACUGUAAGAUGUGUAUGUAUCGCAUUUCAAUUCUGUAACAUACUUACCAUUUUUAUAUAUUGUACAGAAUAUCUGUUCUUAAUCUAAAGGACCAUCUGAUGUAAUGCAGUCCUUUUAACAAACCUAUUAACAAUGUUGUGUAGGGGUGCAUGACAUUGUUGGAGAUUCUGCGUGAAAAAGAGAAUUAUGCUCGGUCUCCUGGUUACAGUAAAAAAAAAAAAAAAACACGUUAAAAAAUUACGGCCAAUCCUAGAUUAGUUCUGCCUUAACUAAUACAAAAAUUGUUUUUAUUCUCAAUCCCAAUAAAUGGGAGCGAGACACCCUUACUAAUCAAAUGUUGCGUCCUCAUCUAUCCUGCUUACAAACAACUGAAUCCUAUAUGAUAAAUGUAAAAAAUAUCUUAACUCUUUGAAGAUAAAGCUCUUACAUCCUUGAACAUUAAACAAAGCAGUCUUUCCAAUCGUUUACCAGCAAAAAUAAAUAAAAAUUACAGGAAAAAUGCAUUUUCAUGAAAUUAAAAUAAUUUAUUUAACUUACAAAUGUAAAACCUUGACAAUUGCACAACUACCCAUUCUUUCACACAGAGGCUUCACACUGCAGUUUGAAUAUUUUUCAUGAACAGAGCAUUAAAUGCUAAAGAUAAAUACACAACACAGACAUAAAGACGGAACAUAGGAAAAGGACUGUUGGUUAACAACAUUUAAAUACUUAGACAUGGUUCCCAAUAAUGUAUUAGAAACACAAAUGUGUUUUAAUAAAUACCAUACACUUAACCAAAAUACAACUUUCAGCUGCUAUGUUACAGGCAACUAAUAAGAGAAAAGCUUUAAUGUUUGUACAAGCGGGUGUGGUAAUAAUUUAUAUAUAUAUAUAUAUAUUAAAACUAUUUCAAUAAACUAUUUAUUAAUUGGCCAGAUAAAGCCAGACAUUCAUUUGUAAAUUAACACUUGUUUUCUUUACUGUUUUGUAUGUUUAAAUUCUUGACCUAUUUGAAGCGUCCCAGAAUUUGAGUGCAAUGUUAAAAUUGUAUGAAUAAAUCAUAAAAAAACCCACUAACACUAGUGUUGUACUGUGUCCCUGUCUGCUAUGCAAUACACCUUACAUUCCUAAUGUAAAGGCAAUCAUUAAAAAAAAAACUUAGAAAAGACAGCAG